AAGCACGUGGGAACUAUGCGAUGACACCGUAAAGUUUGUGUUGCUCAAAACUUGUAAUGGUUGAAUGGAAACACAAAUAAUAGCCAAAUCAAAUAGAGCAAUGUAAUUACAUGUUUGCACACAUGCCGUUUUACUUGCAAUUGAAUUAUAAUUUCCCUCGCAAUUGGUGUUCAAACUACUGAUAUCGUCCAUACAUUGGAAGUUCGUGUUAUGUUCUGGAUCUCUGGCCCAGCAUUAUAGAAACCGUAAAAUUACCGGAACAGAACAGCGACCGGAGGUAAUGUAGGUGCAGUAGCAGCAGGCAUGUAGCUUUCAAGUUAAACGCUAAAAAUAUAACGAAGAUACAUCGAAACUGCGUUAGGUCCUACCCCUUUCAGACAGCAGUGUUGAAAUAUUUUUGCUUGUUUUUAGGGCAAAAAAAGCGUAUGUUAGUUUAGUUUUGUCAACAUGAUAGCUCGUUACCUGUUCAAUACAGCACCUUGUAACAAGAGUACCGAGUUUGCUAGCAGUGUCUCUAGAAUAGCUAGGUUAGCUAACUUUUCCGCACAUGCAUAAAUGAUUACACCAUCUAGCUAACUAGCCAGCUAGCAAAUGUACAAACAGCCUAGUCCGUUUGUUAUACCACUGUUACCCUAUGUAAGUUACUUUGUAAUAUGUUUGAUAGCUUGAACUAUGUGUCUAGAUAAUAUUGCUAUAAUGUGCAACGAAAUUAUGCCAGACUCAGUUAAGGUUUAACGCUAUGUAUUGGGAAAUUGGGAAGAAGUUUGCUAGACAGCUAGCUGGAUAUUGAAGAGCAGUGAGAUCAGAUAGCUAACUUAGUGUUUGGUGAUCGAAUGAAGCUUCAUUUGUGAAGCCAAGCCAGACAAAUAUUUAAGCAAAAUGCACUGGGCAGCUAACAUUAGCUUGUCCACAUUUCUAAUUGUGUGUUUUUGGUGGAUCAUUUGAUGUUAAGAUAACAAGGAGCAAGUGCUUAAUUGAAACAACAGGUAGCUAAGUUCACGUUAAUGGUCGGGUAGGAUUAAAUACACCAUUGUGAAAUAUAUUAAAAUUACAAUGGCAAGCGCUAUAGCAUCAAAAAUGGGACUGUCUUUGCGAAGAAAGCAAGCCAAGACAUUUAACGUUCAAAUAGCGACCAUGGACGCUGACAUGGAGUUCAGCUGCGAGGUCAAAUGGAAAGGGAAAGAUCUCUUUGAUCGGGUUUGUCGGACCAUAGGCUUGAGGGAGACCUGGUUCUUUGGCCUGCAGUACAGUGUCAAAGACAGCGUGGCCUGGCUGAAGAUGGAUAAAAAGGUCCUGGACCAUGACAUGCCUAAAGAAGAACCCAUCAUGCUGUACUUUCUGGCGAAGUUCUACCCUGAGAACGCAGAGGAAGAGCUGGUCCAGGACAUCACUCAACACCUGUUUUUCCUGCAGGUGAAGAGGAAGAUCCUGGAGGAGGAAAUCUACUGUCCCCCUGAAGCCUCCGUGCUCCUGGCCUCCUACGCCGUCCAAGCAAAGUAUGGGGACUAUGACCCUAACGUUCACAAACCAGGCUUCUUGGCUCAGGAGGAACUUCUACCAAAGAGGGUGAUCAACCUGUACCAGAUGACUCCGGAGAUGUGGGAGGAGAGGAUCACGGCCUGCUACGCCGAGCACCGUGGGAGAACAAGGGAUGAAGCGGAGAUGGAGUACUUGAAAAUUGCCCAGGACCUGGAGAUGUAUGGGGUCAAUUACUUCUUCAUUAGGAAUAAAAAGGGAACCAACCUGUUGCUGGGCGUGGAUGCAGUGGGAUUGCAUAUCUACGACCCAGACAACAAACUCACCCCCAAAAUCUCCUUCCUUUGGAAUGAAAUCCGCAACAUCUCCUACAGCGAUAAAGAGUUUGCCAUUAAGCCCCUGGAUAAGAAGACAAACGUGUUCAAGUUCAACUCCUCCAAGCUCCGGGUAAACAAGCUGAUCCUGCAGCUGUGCAUCGGGAACCACGACCUGUUCAUGAGGAGGCGGCGGGUGGACUCCCUGGAGGUGCAGCAGAUGAAGGCACAGGCGCGCGAGGAGAGGGCCCGCAAACAGGUGGAUCGGCAGCGUCUGGAGCGAGAGAAGCAGCUCCGUGAGGAGGCGGAGCGAGUGCGGGAUGAGCUGGAGAGACGUCUGCUUCAGCUGCAGGACGAGGCCCACAUGGCCAACGAGGCCCUACUGCGCUCGGAGGAGACGGCAGACCUGUUGGCAGAGAAGGCCCAGAUCGCCGAGGAGGAGGCCAAGCUGCUGGCCCAGAAGGCGGCCGAGGCAGAGCAGGAGAUCCAGCGGGUCAAGGUGACGGCGAUCCGCACCGAGGAGGAGAGGAGACUCAUGGAGCAGAAGAUGCUUGAGGCCGAGAUGAUGGCCCUCAAGAUGGCCGAAGAGUCGGAGAGGAGGGCUAAGGAGGCAGACCAGUUAAAGCAGGACCUCCACAAGGCUCGAGAGUCCGAGCGACGGGCCAAGAACAAGUUACUGGAGAUCACCAGCAGGUCCCCCUACACGGUAAACACACAGCCUGUCAACACGCCCCAUCAGACCCAACCAGGGACCCAACAGCAUCAGCCCCUGCCGCUGUCUGCCAACGCCAUGCCCCCCGACAUCCCUAGCUUCAACUUCAGCACAGAGAACCUCAGCUUCGACUUCAAAGACACCGACAUGAAACGCCUGUCAAUGGAGAUCGAGAAGGAGAAGGUGGAGUAUAUGGAGAAGAGCAAGCACCUGCAGGUGCAGCUGAACGAGCUGAAGACUGAGAUCGAGUCGCUGAAGCUGCGGGAGCGUGAGACGCCCCUGGACAUCCUGCACAACGAGAACACCGAGAAGGGCAACAGCAAGCAGAGCAACUUCAAGAAGCUCACAUUACAAAGCACCAAAUCCAGAGUGGCCUGCUUCGAGGAGCUGUAGCAGAGUGGACCCUGAUGGAAAUGUGUGUGUGAGUGUGAGUGAGUGUGUGUGUGUGUGUGUGUGAACAUGUGAGGGAAAACAUAUAUUGUGUGAGUGUGCACAUGUUGCAUUGUGUUCCUUAGGGUAUGGGCACAGUCGUCCGUUUAAGCACACCUAUAGGGCUAACACUAAACUAAACCACCUUGAUGAGACACUGACUAACUGCUGUUGCUGCUGCUCCGUGAGCCACAGUCCUCAUGAAUGUCUGCUGCGGCAGCGUUCACAUGCGUCCAGCACACACCUCCUGUACAAGAGAAAUCACUACUAGGCCCUGGCAAAGCCGUUCCAUUCCAUUAGUCCAGGCAAUGCACUACAUUCCAGCCGCCCGGCCGCUCAGCCCAGGCGGAGGUGGAGACCGAGGCGGUGAGGCCGUCUGAGAGACUAACUGUGAGGCACUCGGCUGCACGGUGACCAUGCUGAGGGAGUGGGCAUGGAACACGCUUCCUUGGCGUGCAUCUAACCCCCCAUUACCCCACCCCACCAGAAAAUGUGCAGCUCUGCUGGGUGAUUGAGUUUGUGCCUUAAUUGUAGGGUUUACAUUACAGGGAAA